ACCUACAUUAAAGCAGCACAGCUUUCAACAGAAUCGAACGGACUCAAGUCAAUGCCGAUACUGGGCAAUGUGUGUUUACUUCUUGGUGCGUUGCGCCUAUCGCCUCGAGUGAACUAUACCCAGAGAAAGUAUACAUUAGUGAAAGUAUACCUGAAGAGACUAAACCUAGAGGUAAGCAGUAAGUUGGACCGAUCUCUACGGUGGUUGCCUUGUGUAACAAACACACACCAUUUUUUUAUAGUCUUGUGUCAUGAGAUCAAGAUCAGAUGAUUUGUUUUAAACAUCGAGUUCCAACAUUCUAUUGUUAAAGUAACAAUUUCUAUGCAAGUCUGCGACAGUCUAGGGCAGUUUAUCAUUUCUUUGUUUGAGAGCAAGGCCGGUCCUUCGGUUGCUGGCUCACCGGGUUAACUUAACCUUGGCACCCCUUUAAGUAUAAUUAUCAAAAUGUUUUUAAAGAAAAAACAACUAGUGGGUUAGAUAAUGAGUUGAUAACCUAGAUUGUUUUUUCAACCAAUAAUGAACAAUAAAAUAUUCUUGUUCUUAACUUGUAUUUUGACAAAGUGAACAAGUAGCCUACCGGGCGUGGGGCAGUAUGAACAAUUAGCCUACCGGGGGCAGUAUGAACAAUUAGCCUACCGGGGGCAGUAUGAACAAUUAGCCUACCGGGGGCAGUAUGAAAAUUAGCCUACCGGGGGCAGUUUGAGCAAUUAGCCUACCGGGGAAGUAUGAACAAUUAGCCUACCGAUUAAAUUUUUCUUCUAGCCUUUAGAUCAGCAAAUCUUUUUAUUGCACUUUCUAUUGUUCUUCCAUGGCACCCACAUGCAAUGCUUUUAUGUAUUUAAAAAAAAAUCGUCGAUGGCACCCUUAAGCACACGGCGCCCCGGGCAACUAACCGAGUUUCCGGCACCUUGAGCCGGCCCUGUCCGUGAGAUGGUGGUUGCGUUCGCGUCAUCUGUCGAUGUGUAAGACAUAAACAAUGGAGGAGGUGUUUCGUAUUAAAAUAUUUUUUCGGAUAACCGAGAACUCGCACGGAAAUGUUCCGUUAGAGAAGUUAAUGCAAUUUAAUACAAAAUCUUCUCACAUAAUCAUAAUAAACAACUAAAUAAGUAACCGGUUUUGACCCCAAACUGUGUAGCUUAAAGUUCACACAGAUGGUGUUUUUGGCACGCAGUUCUGUAAAGGAUGCACACUAUUUCUUUUAACACAAAACAACCCAUCGAAUUAUCCAAGGGGAAGCUACAGGUGAGCUCCCGCCAUUCAUGAUAUUUGUGUGCAAAAAUGCAACAAAAGAAUAAAAAAAACAAAAAAGCAACAAAAAAAAAGAGAUCUAAACUUUAAUCAAUUAAUGAGAAACGGAAGUCCAUUAAUUGUGUCAACGAAUUCUAGGACAUUUUGAUCCUCUCCCUUGUCUACAACUUUUAAAAUAAAAAAAAAUUAAAAUAAUAAAAUAAAAUAAAUAAAGUAAAUAAAUAUAAAAAAAACCCCUCUGUCCAACCCCCUCUCCCCUGUUUUGUUGACUUAAUUAAUUUCAGCCCCUAGCCUGCCAGCCUGGCGUACAGUUCUCCAUGUGUUCCGUAGAUCGUUGAAGUAUAAAAUACUUUGUUUACGUUUCUUCACUGUCUCAUGACGACUUAUUAUCGUUUCAGCGAUGCGUAGACGAACUUUUCUCGUUGUUGGACGCCAAGGUCAAGGGAAGAGCUCCGUGGGUAAUUCUAUACUACAAUACAAAUAUUUUACGACAAAAACAACCAGGAGAGAGGUCACUGAAUCGAAACCAAAUGUCGAUGUCGCCGAGAAUGAAGGGGUCGUCCUAGUGGACACUACUGGUAUAGGUGACACGGGGUCUGACAUGACAGGAGAUGUCCAGUCUGUGAUAGCAUCUGCCCGUGAAGCUGUGGUUCGCUGUGAUACUGGGUUCGACGCAUUGCUUUUGGUGCUGAAAUACGGGGUCCGGUUCACCAAACAAGAGAAGGACGCCGUACAAAUGGUCAAGUCGAUCUUUGGAGAAAAUGUGUUCAGAGAUUGGGGGAUUUUAGUUUUCUCUUAUGGUGACAACUUUGAUCUGGAUACGGAAGAUGAUGAAAUAACGUUUGAAGAUUGGUGCCGGGAACAAACAGGUCAUAUAAAGACUUUAUUUGAAGAGGUGGGCUACAGGUGUGUUCUGUUUGACAACAGUAGCAAAUAUACAGCGAAACAAGAUAAGGAACGCGAAAAGCUACUGAAAAUCAUAACUCUCAGUCAGCAACCUUAUUCUGAGAAGGACUUUAACACAGCAUCGGCAGGGCGAGAAAAACUCAUUGUGGAGGAGAAAUUGCCAUCACUUAAGAAGGAGACAGAAGCCGUCUUACGUUAUACUGACCAGAGACGUGAGAACCUCCUCAGAAAUGACCAGGGCCUCGGCCAAGAUGACCUGAUAAAGCAAGUGGAAGUCGUUCUCCAACAAGCCACGCAACAUUACGACCGACUUCUAGACGAGGACAGAGGCACCAACGUCUUGAGAGAGCUCCUGAACCAGGUGAGACUGCGUACGAUUGGACUGAGGAGUCGGAUAGACCAGCUGCGAAUUUUUAUUCCAGAUAGAGGUCAAAGGAGGAAUGAUGGAGGCCCUUCUGUAGCUGUUUUUUCGUCCGUUAUGGGAUUUCUUCUAAACAGUUGUAAAAUUCCCUUUGAUUACUGUUUAAAGCCUGCCUUUAAUUUUAUUUAUGAUACAAUAGGAAGAUGUUUUCACAAUUUGCACAAUGCACCUUUUCAACACUCAAGACUUCAAGAAAGUUAUCCAGUCUGAAUAGUGAUGAUAUCGGGGACUGUUUUGAAACAUAACAUUAUUUCAAGAUUUUAAAAAUAGACCAGCUUCAGUUCGGCCUAUCAUACAUUACAAUAUUCGGGUGAUGAUGUUUUGGUUGAGCAAAUGAAGAAAUAAAUAUUUACAAUAUAUUGUAAGUGCAACAUUGAACAUAUGUCCAGGUUCUGCUGUGUUGUAUUCUAUUAUUUUUCUGUUCUUUUGUGGUCUUUUUGUGAUGCGGUCUUUUGUAUUUAUGUCUUUUGUGUAUUGGUAUUUUAUAUUGUUAUCGUUUGUGUUGUGGUCUGUUGUGUUGUGGUAUGUUGUGUUGUGGUCUUUUGUGUUGUGUUAUUUUAUGUUGUAUUAUUUUGUGUUGUGGUCUUUUGUUAUGCUGUCUUUUAUGAUAUGGUCUUUUGUGAUGUGGUAUUUUGUGUUGUGGUCUCUUGCUUUUGGUAUCUUAGGUUUUAGAACAUUGUCUUGUGGUCUUUUAUUUUGUGGUCUGUUGAUUUGUGGUAUUUUACAUUAUUAUCUUUUAUGUUGUGGUCUUUGGUGUUGUGGUCUUUUGUGGUAAAGAUGACACUUUGCAGCAUAUGCUAUAAACGUGGUUUACAAUAAAUUGUGUACAUUAUAAGAACACGUGUGGCCAUCAUGCUUUUGUAGUAAUGGCUACAUCUCCUAUUAUAAUUUAUUUCUGCUCGACAGACUUAUUAUUGGAGUGGUUGACAUUUUUGUGUAUCAAAUUUAUCAUCACAAAUAAAAGUAACUGAUACUCACUGUCUCCCAAAAAGCAUUUGAAUCUUUCCGUUUUACUAAUUUGUCAAGAUACCAGAAAGAUAAGGCGUAAAGUUAUGUUGGGG